AUGCCGAACCCCCCCACCCCACCCACCCACCACCUCACCCUACUCUCCUCGCUCUCCCCGCCCUCCACCGAACGAACCUGGCAAACCGCCCCGCACCCGCGCCUCCCGAUCGUGGCGACCUGCAGCGCGGACAAAACCAUCCGGAUCUACUCCCUGCAAAACUUCUGCUUGUUAUCGACCAUCGCGGGUGGCCACAAGCGCAGCGUGCGCACCGCAGCCUGGAAACCGCACGUCACCGGGGAGAGCGUGUUGGCCAGUGGCUCCUUCGACGCGACGGCGGGGAUCUGGCGACGAUGGGACCAUUACUCGGAUUCUUCAAACCUAAACCUCUCGACAACCCACGGGGAUGAUUCAGAAGAAGAUGACGAAGAAGAAGAAUGGCGCUUCGCCGUCCUCCUUGACGGACACGACAGCGAAGUCAAAUCUGUUGCGUGGUCUGCAUCCGGGAUGCUACUGGCCACCUGCUCGCGCGACAAAUCGAUCUGGAUCUGGGAGGACCUGGACGAUGGGGACAACAACUUCGAGACGGUGGCGGUGAUGCAGGAGCACGAGGGGGAUGUGAAGUGCGUGGCGUGGCAUCCCGCGGAGGAGUGUCUGGUGAGUGGGAGCUAUGAUGAUACGAUUCGCGUGUGGAGGGAGGAUGUGGAUGAUUGGGGCCAGGUGGCUUGUUUGCGGGGGCAUGGGGGCACGGUGUGGGCGGUGGAGUUUGAGGGGAUUCCUUUUGUUUCUGGGUUGACUGGUAAGGAGGAGGAGCAGGAGGAGGUGGGGAAGUGGAGGGCGUUGUCCGGGCCCAGGAUUGUCUCGUGUAGUGAUGAUCGCUCGGUGAGGGUUUGGAGAAGGAUUCCUAAGGAAACUUCCCCGGCUGCGGCUGCUGCUGCUGCUGCUGCUGGCAUGCCGAGUAUUAUUCGGCCCACCGGGUUGGAUGAGGACUGGGAGCUCGAGGCGGUGCUGCCUGCGGUCCAUGAUUUGGCGGUUUACUCCGUGGCGUGGAGUCGGAGGACCGGGUUGGUGGCUUCUACAGGGGCGGAUGGCAGGGUGGUUGUUUACCAAGAGCGAGUUGUCGAGGGACAACAGCCUCAGGCUGGCCCAGAAGCGAAGCUGCCGCCGACAGAGUGGGUGGUGGUGGCGGUGUUGAUCGGGGCGCAUGGCAUUUACGAGGUCAACCAUGUUGCGUGGGCGAAGCGGGCGGAUCGCGGGCGUGAUGUCUCCAAGGAGGAGGAGGUCCUGAUCACCACGGCCGAUGAUGGCACUGUCAAAGUGUGGACUCUUGGACAGUAG